CCUCCUUCGCCUGCACUUCUUUAUCAUCUAUUGUUGUCAUGCGGUCCUUGUUCGCCCAUGGUCUGUGCCAGCGCAUGAUCCCCCGCAAUGCUGGAACGCGGCCCUACUCAUCAGUGACUGCAUGGGGCGCAUAUGUUCGCCAGUUCACUGCUACUGCCCCGCCUGCCGAUCUGCCUGGCGCCGAAGCCCACGCACAGCUGACUCCGGCCCAGCUGUCGCUUUCGCAGCUGUUUGGAAAGGACGCCGAUGCGCUAUCGAUCAGCGCUAUGGGUGCGGGUGUCCGCCACGCGCUUGUUGCUGCCACUGCUGAUGAUAAGACCGAUAUUGUUGGGUUUGGACUGAACCGGUGCAGCCAGCUAGGCCAAAGUACCGGCGACCAGACAGAUGCAGUCCGACGGUAUGCUGUCACUGGCAAGGUUGUGCAGAUGGCGUGCGGGCGCGAGCACUCGGCCAUGAUUGUCGAGCAGAAAGGCGGCUCGCGGCAGGUACUCGUAUGCGGCAGCAACUCGUUCGGCCAGCUGGGACUGCCCAGGGCUGAGGCUGAUCCGCCAGCCCUCCAGCACUCGCAGCUCUGCAACCUCGCAGCCCUGGACGGCGUCCUGGAAUCCGGGGAAUUGCCGGCCAAGGUGCAGUGCGGGCUGGACCAUACGCUGAUCCUGACAACGGCCGGCCGCGUGUUUGCCAUGGGCUGGGGCGCCGACGGGCAGCUGGGCAAAGGCCCCGGAUCCACUGCCGACCACUGCACGCCUACCCUGGUGUUUGGCUUAGAGUCGUCGCCGAUAUCCGAUAUCUCAUCGUCGACCGACUUCACGCUGGCAGUGUCUGCCGACCGCAGGCUGUUUUACUGGGGCAAUGCUGAGUACGGGCAGUGCAUGACGGGCGAGAAAAUCGACCGCGUGCUGGCUCCCAUCGAGGUGCCGUUCGCCUCGCCUAUUGCUGGAAUUGCUGCCGGCGGCGCACAUAGCCUGGUGCUGGACACGCUUGGCCGUGUCCAUACGUGCGGGUACGGUGCACUGGGCCUGGGGCCGGAGAUUAUUUCUGUGCUCCAGCCAACCGUUGUCGAGGGUGUCAAGGAUAUUACGCAUGUUUGGGCUUCAACCGAUCGCUGCCUGGCUUUGGACGACCGGCUCCAGGUAUUCUCAUGGGGGCUCGGUAAUUCUGCCGGCAGGCUGGGUGCGGGCCACGGCGCGGAGAAUGUCUUUGAGCCGCAGAGACUGGACAGUAUUGGCGCCUCUGCAAUUGACCCAGACCUGGUCGCAGUGGGCAACGACAUUGCUCUGCUGGCCACCAACAACCCGACAGCUGCGUAGUCACACAUUCACUAGACACUACCAUAGCCACAAAAGCUUUCCAACUGUACUUCAUAAGCGAAGAGAAUAUACACAAGCGCAUGUCUAUAUCACGAAAAAGAUAUGCCUACUUUGGUGGCUGGAUCCGGCUCCGC